GGGUUGGGUGCUGGGACGGAGUGGGUGGGACGAAAGUGAAGCUUGUUCGGCUGAACGUGGAUCUUAGCGCAGUCGGAAGGUUGAGGCAGUGCCGUGCUGCCCAUAGAUUCGUCUUGUGUGUAUAUGAACGCGGACGGAUGUACGCAUAAGGUCUGAUAGAAACGAGGACGGGAGACGGCUGGACGCAUGGCUUGCAAUCUGCGGUCGCACAAGCAUGUCCAGUGAACACUACGACAGUGGAGAUGACUGGGAAAUCGGAGUGGGCGAUCUGAUCAUUGACCUCGACGCUGACUUGGAGAAGGAUCGUCAGCAGAAGCUGAAGGAGCAGCAGCAGCAGGAGACUGCGAGCAGCAGCGGCAUAUCGCCUUCCGGGAAUAAUCGCAAGAAUAGACACAACAGAAAACAUACGAACAAAACGAAGGGCUUCUCUGAGAGCGAGUGCAGCGGGGAUAUCGUGGACGCAGGAAGCGGCGUGGGCUCGGUAAUUGUGGACAAUAAGGACUCUGAUCAAGCGACAGACAUGAAGUUGAUCAAUAACAACAGCAGCAGCAGCGCCUCUGAGAAGACUGGGCGUGUGAAGGCGAAUAAACGAAACAACAAGACCUCGAAGGCCAGGAACUGUCGACCACUGUCUCCUGAGCAAGGCGCUCUGGCUGAAACUGUCUCAACAACCACCCCCACAUCCACGAUCACAACCACCACCAGCAGCAGCAGCAGUCCCACCACCACCACGACGAGUGAAAGCGCUGUCCCAUCCAGCCCACAGACACUUGGAAGAGUUGGAGGUCGCGCAUCUGGGAGCUCGAACAAGCGAGACAAAGCUAAGAAGAGCCUAAGUGCUGGUGGACAACAUAGUUCGAUUGACGAUGACAAUGAUGGUGGUGGUGGCAGCAGCGGUGGUGGAGAUAGUGGUGGUGACAAUGUCAACCAUCAGCAUACUUCUAAUCGUGGAAGCGGUGUCAAUGGAGCUCUGUUGGAUGAUUCGGCCGAGGAUAAGACGGUGUCUCUGCGGGAAAGCUGCGUGGAUGUUUCGAUGAUGGACUUGAGAAAUGACGAUGAAUCUCAGUCCAACUCGAAGACUGCCAAGACUGGAUUGGCGGACCCAGCGUUCCUGAUACCGGCCGUGCCCCCGUCCUCCACCUCCCCGGGCUGUGCGACAUCCGACGGGGAGGGCGGCAGCCUUGCCGCCGCCGCUUCUCUGCGUUCUUCUCCCAGCCCAGCGACGACAGCGACGACGGGAACUUCGUCGGAACAGCCACAGCAAUCGCCGCAGCCGCAGCCGCAGCAGCAGCCGCAGCAGCAGCAGCAGCGGCGGAGAAGAUCCUCGGGAGGAGCGGCGCUAGCGGCGGCGGCGGCGGCGGCGGCGGCAGCGAUGGCCGGGGCUGAGAUGGGAGCCGGCCGGAAGCGUUGCGUGGCCGGGACCGCUCGUGACGCGAGCACGUUGACCGAGCCGGAGUGCCUGGGCCCUUGCGAUCCCGGCACCACCGUGUGCCUGGAAGGCAUCGUGUGGCACGAGACAUCGAGCUUGCUCGUUGUUAAUGUGGCGUGGAGAAAUAAAACUUACGUGGGGACGCUGCUGGACUGCACAAAGCACGACUGGGCUCCACCAAGGUUCUGCGAGUCGCCCGUGAGCGACGUGGAGGCUCGUGGCAACGGCGGCAGUGGCGGUGGCCGCGGGCGUGGCAAGCGAACCCGCGCGACCUCCAGCUCGGGCACGCCGGGCGAGCCAUGCGGCGCGGGCGACGCUGCGCGAGCGGCCGUGCAGGGCAAGGGCCGCGGCGGCGGAGUGGGAAGCGCGGUCGGCGCCGGCGGCGGCGGCGGCGACGUUGCCGCCUCCUCUUCCGUCGGUACCGGCGGGGGAGGGAAGGGCCGUAGGGGCAACCUCACGUCGAACGGGCACUGGGGCUCGUUGCACCACGGCGAGAGCCCGCGGGCGGGCCCUGGCGGCAAACGGAAAGGCCGUCCCUCAUUGGAUAUGUCGGCGAUAUCUGGGGCGGCCGCCGCCGCAGUGGCGUCUUCAUUGCUGUCGUCGGCGCUGUCGAAGCAGCAGCAGCAGCAGCAGCAGCAAGCGGCGAGCGAGGAGGGCACGCGGCCUGGGAAGCGGUUGCGGCUGAGCGCGGCGAGGACCGCGACCGCGGGCUGCGGAGGGAACGGCGCCGUGACGGCCUCCGCCCAGCCCGACGGCGGUGGCGGUGCCGCGGAGCAAUUGGGCCUCACGCCGCCGCCGCCGCCGUCGUCAUCAUCCUCGUCAUCCUCGUCCUCGUCGUCGUCGCCCACGUUCAUCGACUGCCCGCACCCGAACUGCAACAAGAAGUACCGGCACAUAAACGGACUCAAGUAUCACCAGGCGCACGCGCACCUGGAGAAUGAGGACAAGGCGGACCCGGGCAGGGGCCGGGCGGACGACGAGGGCGGUGGAGAUGGCGCCGCCGGCUUUGGCGCCCGUGCCUCCAGGGCGAACGGAAUGUUGGAGCAUGGGGCGGGCGGCGGCGGGGUUAAGGCCGAGUGCGCGGAGCGCUUGAAAGGCGCUCGGGCCGAGGAGAGCGUCGCCGGCCUUAACGGAGCGGACAACCCGAGCGGCGCCUCGCCGGCGCUCGGCGGCAGAGCGAGGGGCCAUGCGAAAAAAGUCAAGGGGGAGCCCGUGGACGCGUCGAGCGAACGAGCCGCAAACCCCGCUGUCGCCGAGGCCGCCAAGCCGGAAGCCGAACAUUCGGCCCGUGGCGCUUCCCGGCAGGAGGCGGACAUGGAGGCGGUCAAGAAGGCGAGCGGCGUCAAAACGGAAGGCAAAAUGUCCCCGCAUAAGAACAGAACGGCGGCCGGUCAGGAGGCGCCGCCGGCGGGCAAGGGAGCAUUCGGCGCUCCCGGUGGUGGUGGUGGUGUCGGCAGCUCGGUUCCGCCGGAAGCCGGCGACGAGACGAACGGCGCGCGCGCGAAAGACGCCCGCGCCAACAGCCCCUCGGAAGGCGCGGGAGCCUCCGCCGCCAACGCGCUGCUCGCCAAGGAAAAGAAGAAGAAGGACAAGAGGAAGUCGAAAGAGAGGGAUGCCAAGGAGACGGUGAGCCUCAAGCUGAGCUUGAAGGUCAUCGGGCGAUCGGACGAGGCCAAGGAGGCCUCGGGAGGCGAGCUGCUGCAGUCGCUGAAGAAGGAUUACGUCGUCAAGACGGAGGGCCUGACCAACGGCUCGACGACCGCCGAGUCGCCCGAGAGGCGCAUCGCGAGCAUCAAGGAGGAGGCGGCGAAGGUCUACAGCUUUUCGGACAACACGCCGAGCCCCUGCAUCGGCGUCGGCUGCAAGGCCGAGGGCGCGCGCCCCCCCCACGUGCCCAACGGCAAGGCGGCGCCCGUGGCCCAGCCGCAGGGCGCGGCCCUCUUCGGCCUGGAGGCUCCGCCGGCCUCCAACGCCGGCAGCCCGGCCUACUCGGACAUCUCGGACGAGGAGGAGCGCGGCGGAGAGAAGUCGAAGAAGUCCUCCGCCGUCCCGAAGGGUCUGGGCUUCAGCGACGCCGAGCUCACGACGUUGGACACGCGCGCCCUCCGGAGCGACGACCCGGCCUUCUUCGGCAGCUACAGGCCGUACUUCUCCCCCGUGGAGCCGGCGCCGCAGAACGCGGCGCCCGAGAGCGGCGACAGAGAACCUCCCGCAGCCGCCGUUCACAACGGCCAGAUGAUAAAGAAGGAGCACGAGGAGGCGCCGCCGCCGCCGCUUUGCAGCGAGCGCCAAGCGGUGAAGAGCGAGCGCGAGGACACCCCCCCACCCUUGACUCAGCAGCUGUCCCGGCUGUCCCCACACCUGUCCAGCUACCAGCAGUACAUGUACGGCUAUCCCUACAUGGAGCAGCAGCAGCAGCAGCAGUACGGCUCGGCUCCGCCGCUCGCCGGCGCCGACGAGCAGGAGGCCUUGGCGAGGAAGCACGGCGGCGACAGGAAGGGAGGUGGCGGCGGCGGCGGCAAGCACCGCGCCAGGGACCUGUCGAACGGCGCCGACGGCGCAGCCAGGAGGAAGCCCCGCGCCGCUUUCAGUGGCGAGCGCGAGGCGAGCCCCAGGGACGAGUGGUCGCUGGGCGAGGCGCAGAGGGGAGAGGGCCUGGCGGCGAGGCAGAUGCAGGCCAACGAGGAGCAAGGGCUGAAGCAGAUGGUGGGAGCGGUGGAUCACUGCGGAGGCGGCCGCGAUCAGUACGCUCAGGAAUACGAGAUGAAUCGCUGGCAGCAGCUCUACUACAGCCAGUACCUGGAUCGGCAGCGGGCCGCCGAGAAGGAGCUGUGGAGGCGUGCGGAGAAGGAGCCCGACGUGAGCUUAGAGCAGCACGACUGGAAGGGCCCUUCGCUGCUCCGCGCGGGCCCCACGGAGCCCGUCGGCCCCGAUGGACGUGGCAUGGGGCAGCAUAGCCGGGAGCUGCAGGGCAAGCUGCCUCGGCCCUCGCAGGCGACCGCCCUGAGCCCCUCGCUGCAGGCCGGCGUGCCCGCGUCUUACGGGCAGAUGUGCGACUCGGGCCAUCCGGCCUACCGCGGGCUCUCUCCCAUGAUGAUGCACUUCUACACGGGGGGUUAUGUUCCACCGAACCUCUACUACUCGAGCUAUGGGAAGCUGCCGGGAAGUGAGGAGCUGGACCCGGAGCGGCACGGCGAUGGAAUGUUCAGCAUGAAGAUGGAACCGCAGAAGUCGAGAAAGUCGCCAGGCGCUGCCGAGAGGUCCUCCGCGGACAAAGAGAAGGACGCGGGCGGAGAAAAACGGAAGAGGGCGUCGAGUCCGCCACCUUCGAGACGGCAGCACGCCAUGGCCCUCCAGGGCACGGGAUACCCCGACCCCAGCAGCCCCUUCGACCACUACACAGGUGUAUCUGGCCCACCUGUGUUAUCUCAACCGCCUGCAUCUGCGACCGUUUCACAGCAAAGGUGAUACAAGGCUGCGAAUUGACCUGAAGGAACAAUCAAUAUGCUGCAAAUUCAUGUGCAAAGGUGCAUAUGAUGACGACUCGUACUGUUGUGUAACAAACAUCAGUUUAAUGGUGUGUGGUUAAUCUGCCUUAAUAGUAGGUGGGAUCGUUUUACUGGCGCUGUAUAAAAUAUCUUAAAAUAUCUUUUCAGUUUUUUUUUUACCUGUGAGCCUAAAAUUCACGAGUGAAAAUAUAAUAUUCGUCCACUAUAUUAAAGUUCGUCUUUGCCUCCAUUUAAACUGCCUCGUUCUUGCGAAAAAACAAUAUCGUUUUUUCAUUCCUCAAGUUUUACAUAACUUAUUAAAUGGAAGGGGGGGGGGGGGGUGGGGCGGUUUGCAUUGUCUCACGUUCAUCGCGUACCUGGCUGGACUUGUUGGAGAAAUAAAUACAUGCCGUGGAUAAGUGGCGUUA